CUCCGAUUCUCCCCUCAAGCCCAGUAAUCAACCCGUCACUACGUUCUCCCUCAAACAGAUCCGCUUCUGUUCUCACCUCGCAGCGCCGCACCACGGAACCACGCCGGCCGGCGAGCACCACCGGCAUCCAGGCGGCGGCUAAACGGAAAGCGGCGAAGGCAGUUUCAGGAUGGGUACCGAGGACUCUAAAGAUAUGCUGAAGAAUGCGGACUGGAAAACAGUGAGUGGUCCAGUGAUUACUGAGUCAAGCCAGCCAAUUGUUAAGAAGCGUCUUCCAAAGAAAAUCAGACAAGUCCCCGAGUGUUACUUUCUGCCCCGGCGAUCUCUACCUUCUGCAUUGGCAAUCUAUGGUGCUGUUUGUGCCGCUGGAGUUGGUGCAGGAAUGUUGCUUGAGGUUUGGAUAAACAAAAAGAUCAAAGAGGAUGGUGGCGUUGUCUGGGAGAUGGGCAAAUGAUGCUCAUGCACCUUGAGUUGGUAACAAUCUGUUUUGGGAUACCCACUCUUAUGCUGCUUAAUUAAGCUAUACCGCAGAAAUAAGCGUAGAUUUGUUGUUUCAGACUAUCUGUUGACGUCGUGACAAAAGCAAACAAUGUUUUCCAGUGUAUUGUCACAACAUUGUCCCUGUGUUUCUGACUUGGUUGUACAAGCUGUGUGAUGCUUCAAACUUUAUACAGUAUUAGGCAAGCAAGCUGAAAACUAGUCAUCAACGCA